GUAUAAAUUCUAGGGAGGAAGAGGAAGCCAGCAUUGAGACGGCAGGAGGCGAGCUGGUGGCUAGAUAGACGUGUUUGUUUACUGAGAUCCUUUUUGUUUUGGGAGGUUAAAAUCCACAUUUGAAGAGUUGCGGAGUUGGUCUGACUCGUGUGUUUGAGGGAGUUCGUGGUCGGAAAGGCUUGAUUUGUGAGCGGACGAGAAUGCGGGUGCUGGUUCCCUUGGUGUUGGCCUUGUGCUCGCUGGCCGCCUUGGCGCAGAAUGAUGAUAAAGACUGUCUUCAAUGCAUGACAAACCAGUUCGCCAAAUGUAGUGGUGCUGCCUGUGAGUGUACUUUGAAAGUAUCAACUGAUACGAGCCAACCAGUAAAUUGCACCAAAUUGACCAGUAAAUGUUGGAUGAUGAAGAAUGAAAUGUACAGGAAAAAGAAUGGUAUUGGAACACGCAGAAUUCCCACUGAGCAUGCCAUGUUGGAUAAUGAUGGGCUUUAUGAUCCCGAAUGUGAGGUUGAUGGGAAAUUCCAUGCCAGACAAUGUAAUGAGACUGACACGUGCUGGUGUGUUAACACUGCGGGUGUUCGCAGAACUGAUAAAGGAGAUACAAGCCUCAAGUGCCCUGAGCUUGUGGAGACCUUUUGGUUUCAAGUUCAACUAAGACACAAACCCAUGGAGAAAAAGAUGGAUCAAACUAAACUUGAGGAAGCUAUCAUAAAUAUGUUUGCAUCCUACCAGGUGGACCGAAAGUACAUUGAAAAAGUUGAGUAUUAUGAAGAGGAUCGUUAUAUCAUAGUUGACCUGAAACAAAAUAUGACUGUGAAUUCACCAACUGAUCUUGCAACUGCAACAUAUUACCUAGAAAAGGAUAUCAAGGGCAACACAUUGUUCUCUGUCAAUUAUAAUCGCUCCGUUAAGGAGGAUGGUAUGCUAUAUAAUGGGAUGAAGCUUGGUUUUGAUCAAGCUUAUGUAUACUACAUUGACUCAAAGAAUCCAGAGUUCUCCAUGAAAGGAAUGACCCCUGGUAUUAUUGCAGUAAUUGUGGUGGUGUGCCUGGCAGUUGUGGCUGGACUCGUUGUGCUUUUCUUCACACAAAGGAGGGCAGCCAAGUCUCACAUUUAUCAAAAAGCUGAGGGAAGAGAAUUGGAUGAAAUUCAGAAACAGCAGCUGACUACCUAAUCCGACAACUAGCAUCUUUACUUGUACAAAUCAAUAUCCUAAAACUUUGGGAAAUUUAAACCAAAGCAAGUGGAUAGUCAUCUCAUUUAGGAUUAUUUACAAGUUGCUGUGCAGCUCCAAUUUCCAUUCCUUUUAAGUUAACUACAUUACAUCCUCUCCACUUGCCUAUGGGAGACUGUUGCUUGAUACAAAAUGGUAAUGUUACAGGACUUUGCCCCCCAGGAAUUGGUUGCAAUUUCUCAAAUGGUCUCGCUGGAUUGUGGUUUGUUUAUAUUUAAAUAUAUGGAAUUUGUUACGAUUGAUUUUAGCCUUUAAAAACUAGGAUUGCAUAUAUUGGGAUAAUAUUGAAGGAACUUUGCAAAUAGUUAACUUCUUAAGCUGCUGUACAGUUGAACAGCUUGUUUUGGGUCACCAUACUUUAAUAGGUUUAGCAAUUCUUUGAAGCUUGUGUACAAAGUACUGUUUUUUUAUUGCUAUGGAAAUUUUAAUUUUUAAUAAAGACUGUAACAAAC